AUGAAGUUGUCCACCAUGACCACUCUCCAGCGGCAGUGGACACAUUGCGCGCUGGCCUUCGCCCGGAAGCACCAGCUGCAGGUGCACCUGCUGACGCACGGCGGGCUGCGCGGCCGGCGGCCCUUCAAGUGCCCGCUGGACGGCUGCGGCUGGGCCUUCACCACCUCGUACAAGCUCAAGCGCCACCUGCAGUCGCACGACAAGCUGCGGCCCUUCGGCUGCCCGGCGGGCGGCUGCGGCAAGAAGUUCACCACGGUCUACAACCUGAAGGCGCACAUGCGGGGCCACGAGCAGGAGAGCCUGUUCAAGUGCGAGGUGUGCGCCGAGCGCUUCCCCACGCACGCCAAGCUCAGCUCGCACCAGCGCAGCCACUUCGAGCCCGAGCGCCCCUACAAGUGUGACUUUCCGGGCUGUGAGAAGACGUUCAUCACAGUGAGUGCCCUGUUCUCCCAUAACCGAGCUCACUUCAGGGAACAAGAGCUCUUUUCCUGCUCCUUUCCUGGAUGCAGCAAACAAUAUGACAAAGCCUGUAGACUGAAAAUUCACCUAAGAAGCCAUACAGGUGAAAGACCGUUUGUCUGUGACUCGGACAGUUGUGGUUGGACCUUCACUAGCAUGUCCAAACUUCUAAGGCACAAGAGGAAACAUGACGAUGACCGCAGGUUUACCUGCCCCGUCGAGGGCUGUGGCAAGUCCUUCACCAGAGCAGAACACCUGAAAGGCCACAGCAUCACCCACCUGGGCACAAAGCCAUUUGAGUGUCCUGUGAAAGGGUGCUGUGCUCGCUUCUCAGCUCGCAGCAGUCUGUACAUUCACUCAAAGAAGCACCUGCAGGAUGUGGGGGCUCCAAAAAGCCGCUGCCCUGUGUCCAGCUGCAGCAGACUCUUCACCUCUAAGCACAGCAUGAAGGCACACGUGGUGCGGCAGCACAGCCCGCGCCCAGAUCUCGUACCUCAGCUGGAAGCUCCAAGUUCCCUCACACCUAGCAGCGAGCUGAACAGCCCCAGCCAAAGUGAGCUCAGCAACAUAGACCUAGCAGCUCUUUUCUCUGACACACCUGCCCAAGGGAGCAGCUCAGCAGGUGCGUCAGACGAGGCACUGAACUCUGGGAUCCUGACCAUUGAUGUUACUUCUGUGAGCACCUCUCUGGGAGCAAGUCUCCCUACAAAUAAUAGUUCCUUAGGGCCCAUGGACCCUCUGGUUCUGGUGGCCCACAGUGAUAUUCCUCCAAGUCUGGACAGCCCUCUGGUUCUUGGGACAGCAGCCACAGUUCUCCAGCCAGGCAGCUUCGGUGCAGAUGAGGUACAAGCCAUGAGCUCAGGAGCAGUAGGCUGCUUGGUGGCUUUGCCAAUGAAGAACCUAGCUCAAGACACAUCCGUUUUGACCUCCACCAGUAACUUAGUACCUGUCACCACACCAGCCUCUUCAAGCACCUCCCAAGAGACUCUCAGUGUUCCAGAACUGCUGGCUCCAAUCAAGAUGGAGCAUGACUCACUUCCUGUCCCCACGGUGGCCAGGCAACAUGAAGAAAGUCAAGUGCUGCCCCUGUCUGUGCUCUCCAGCCCAGCAGAGGGGCACAGUGCUCAGAAAGACACAGCGCCCGGUGCAGGCACCGGCCUCCUCUACUUGGAGAGUGGGGGCUCAGCAAGAACUGAUUACCGAGCCAUUCAACUAGUCAAGAAAAAAAAGCAGAAAGGAGCUGGGAGCGAUGCAGAAGUCUCAGAGUCAUCUCAAAGAAAAAUGGAAAGUGGCCAGAACAGCCCUCCUUCCUUCCACACCAGUCUGGGCAGGGGUGCUUGUGAGAGCCCCACGGUGGCCCACGGAGAUCUGCCAGGACCAGCCUCGGCUGCUGACGCACCUGGUGCCCAGCGCCCCAGGACACAGGAUGACCCCUCAGGGGAAGGAGUCCUGCCGCUGGCCCUUAGCCCACACCCCUCCACUUUCUACCCCUGCUUCUCCAUGGACCUGCCCGUCUGUGUGCUCCAGGAGGCCCUUCCAGCACCCACGGGCAGCACCGGGCCUGGGGCUCCAUACGUGCCCGGAAGCACCAUCAACCUGCAGGACCUUCAGUGACCACAGCCGCUGACUGACCAGCCCGAGACCACCUUCCUCAUCCCUGCUCAGAACUCCAGCCUAACUCGUUUAUCAAAACCCUUUCCUUCCAUUUCAUCAGCCAAGUCUGCAGUUUUCUUGGAAAUCGCCUUUAAGGCGGGGGGCGGCCCCAGCAUCGGCAUUAGCGCCCGCCUGGGCCUCUUGGAUCUAGUAGCACUUGCGUUAAUUAGUAGAGCUCUGGCUCCCUGCUCAUGUACUACUCCUAGUCCCCCAGUCUUCCAGUUCCUGGGUCACAGCGUUGUGCCUGUGUUCUACAAGUUCCGUCUCCUUUUCUGAGAGUGUGGGCAGCCUGGAUGGUGUCUGUGUUGGUUUUGCCAUAGGCUAUAGUAAAGCCAGUUCUGGCACAUGUUCUAGCUGGGCAGCCUGGGGGAAAAUGAGUGGGGUCCCGGUGCCCGUCGGCCAGGGGCCUUCUUCCUAGACCGGAAGGCAGCUCCCAGUUUGGGAUGGGAGGAGUUAAAACUUGUCAUUUUCCUAAAUGCCGUGUUUGGAGGUUGUUAGUCAUUUGGCAGUGUUUAUAAAGUGGUGUUCUGAUUUCUCUAAA